GAAAGGGAAGGAAAAAUGGGCAUCUUCGACGAUACAAUCGGGCUUAUCAGAUACAUUUUUCCUACAGGAAAUAUUUUUGUCAAAUUUUGCAGGUACCUUUGCUCAUGCCUUGCAGUAUCAACAGAACCUACUAUGAGUGUGAUGGCACAACUAAAAAGUUCAGCUCGACUUAUUUUACUGAUAGCCUGUUCGUUUGGCUUGACCUGGUCAGUGCGUGGAGAAUGUGCAGGAGAAUGUGUCCCUCUGUCACAGUGCAAAAACAAUGAUUUCGGUGGAUUUUUCGAUCUUAGAGUUGGACUUAGCGGCGAAGAGCCAUCGGAUUGUGAUCACUACCUACAAGUGUGCUGCGACAAAGAAGAAAUCGAUAAGGGUACUGAAGUUGUAGAGGUCAUAAAUGACGGAGAAAAUUCAGGCGGCGACAAAAGCAAUACGAUAAGAGCCGAUUUUGACGAAUGUGGGAAGCGUAAUACAGAAGGAAUUGGAUUUGGUAUCGUCGGAUCGCAAAAUUUGGAGUCGGAAUACGCAGAAUUCCCAUGGGUGGUGGCCAUAUCUGUCGAAACCUUCGAUUUGUCUGGCGAAACUGAAAGGAAAUAUGUUUGUGGAGGAUCCCUAGUGAAGCCGAACGUUGUGCUCACGGCGGCGCAUUGUAUUGUCAACCGCACAGCUGAAACAAUCUACGUCAGAGCCGGUGAAUGGGAUUCUCAAACAACCAAUGAGCUGUUUCCCCAUCAGGACCGCGGAGUAUCUAAUGUGGUCAUACAUGAGCACUACAAUCAAGCCUUCCAGUUCAACAAUAUUGCGCUGCUGUUCCUGGAAUCGUCAUUCCAAGCUGCUGAAAAUAUUCAAACGAUUUGUUUGCCACCCCAAGGUACCGUUUUUUCAGACGAAAAUUGUGUUGCAACCGGAUGGGGAAAGGAGAACUUCAACUCCAACAACUAUCAGGCCAUAUUGAAAAAGAUAGAAUUGCCAAUCGUGGCACACGGAACCUGCCAGAAGGCUCUUAGGACGACGAGGCUUGGAAGUCGAUUUUCCUUGCACAAUUCUUUCCUAUGUGCGGGUGGUAAGGCUGGUCUUGACACCUGCACUGGUGACGGAGGAUCUCCUCUGGUUUGCCCUAUUCCUGAUCAACCGAAUCGAUACUAUCAGGCGGGAAUCGUUGCUUGGGGAGUCGGAUGCGGUAUGGAAGAUAUUCCAGGAGUUUACACCCGUAGCAGUUUGUACACUGAUUGGAUUAACGAUAAAAUUGAAACUCAAGUAACUGCUGAAGAGUUGGGAUUGUACAAGUAAAGUAAUUCAAACAUUAAUAAACUCUCGGUUCUUGGCUUAUUAA